AUGGCCAUGCCCAAACUGGGACCAGUUCUCAAGGAUAUCAGCCCUUAUAAUGAUUCCGAGUCUGGUUUUGUCAGUGAUUUCUGGGAAACAAUGGUGGGCUGUAGGCCUCCAUCUUCAGUAAAUGGUUUAAUUAAUAACACAAAAACAUGCUCAGGAUCAGAAAAAGUGGAUUAUUCAAACAAAUUCUUUGAUGUCACACAGCUUAGAGUGGCAUAUAAUGUCUAUCAAGCAGUAUAUGCAAUUGCACAUGCAUUACACCAGGUGAUGUUUUGUGAAGAGCCUGGGACCAAUGCCUCGAAACUGUGUCUUUCUGUGUUACAGAUAACCCCAAAACUGGUUAGUGAGCAAUUAAAAAAAGUACAUUUUGUCGACGCAUUUGGAGAGGUAGUGUUCUUUGAUAAGAAUGGAGACCCCCCUGCUUCAUAUGAAGUCAUAAACUGGCAGCUGAGAGAAGGACAAGUGCAGCAUAUUGGAGUUGGCCAUUUCAGCACCACUGCAAAUGGAAAAUAUGAACUUGUGCUUAAUGAAGACAUGAUUGUCUGGAGAACAGGAAUAUAUCAGACUCCAAAAGCUGUUUGCUCAGAAAUCUGUCCACAAGGCACAAGGAAAGCACAAAUCAGAGGAUUGCCUCUGUGCUGUUUUGAUUGUAUCCCAUGCGCUGAUGGUUCUAUAUCAAAUACAACUGGAGCAACAGAUUGCAUCACCUGCCCUGAAGAGUACUGGUCUAAUGAAAGAAAAGAUAACUGCAUCAUGAAAAUAACAGAGUUUCUUUCACACACUGAAACAAUGGGGAUUGUUCUAAUAGCUGUGUCACUAUUUGGUGCCUGUUUAACAUUUUCUACUAUGGUGAUUUUCAUACACUUUAGAGACACACCAAUAGUAAAAGCAAAUAAUUCAGAGCUGAGCUUACUUUUACUUCUUUCUCUUAUAUUUUGCUUCCUCUGUCCUCUCACAUUCAUUGGUGAGCCCACAGUCUGGUCAUGCAUGUUGCGUCAUAUAGCAUUUGGUAUCACAUUUGCCCUCUGCAUUUCCUGUAUCUUGGGGAAAACCAUAGUUGUAGUUACUGCCUUCAGAGCAACAUUACCAGGGAACAAUGUGGCAGGAAAUUUUGGGCCACUUCAACAGAGGGCCAUUGUGUGUUCAUGCACUGCAGUUCAAAUAGUUACUUGCAUUAUUUGGCUAAAUGUUGCACCACCAUUCCCAGAUAAAGUCUUUGAGCAACGAAGUAAAAAAAUUAUUUUAGAAUGUAACACAGGCUCAGAUGCUGCAUUUUAUGCCGUUCUAGGAUAUAUUGGCCUUCUUGCCAUAGUUUGUUUGGUCCUGGCCUUUUUAGCCAGAAAGCUACCUGAUAAUUUUAAUGAAGCAAAAUUCAUCGCAUUUAGUAUGCUUAUAUUCUGUGCAGUUUGGAUCACCUUCAUUCCAGCAUAUGUCAGCUCUCCUGGAAAGUAUACAGUAGCAGUAGAAAUAUUUGCAAUUUUGUCAUCUGCCUUUGGCCUACUCUUCAGCAUUUUUACACCAAAGUGUUACAUAAUUUUAAUCAAGCCAGAGAGAAACACAAGAAAACAUGUAAUGGGAAAAAAAUAA